AUGGCUACGCGCAAGCGUCCUCGCGACGUGGAAGAAUACGAUAAAUUUCAGGGCCUUGUUAUCUAUGUUGGAAACGUCCACUACGAUGCCGAUCCAAUCGACUUCGAACAGUUUCUUCAGGACUGCGGCAUAUCGUGCACUGUUUACUGGCCUGAAGCCGGCGAAAGAUCUCACGGCGGCUGGUGCUGGGCUCGGUUCGAUCGCCACGACCAUGCGAGCUAUGCGAUUAACAAUCUCAACGGCGCCAUUUUCUGCGGAAGAAUACUAAGAACAGGGCACGUGGCUACCAACUCUGUGAAAAACCCAUUCUCGUUCUCGAACAAAUUUCAAAGCUUUAACCCUCAUACCUUUUUCCAGGAUUACGAGGUGCUUAGAUACCCGGGUCCUUCAUCACAUCAUCAUCACCGCCCUGCCGAGCAUCCUGGUUUUUACCCCUCGGCAAGGAACCUUCCACCACCAGCUGCAUCCUUCCGGCAGAAUGUGAACCACGAGGUGCAGUAUCCAGACUGCUUCCCACCAAGGAAAUCAGAGCAUCUCGAUCAUCGUGACAUUCCAAAGUUGCAGGAUGUCUGGGAAGCAGGUAAACCCUUCCUUAGCACAGCAAAUAUCUUUGCGAAAGGGAUCAAGAUAUCGGGACUGGCAAUCACGCUGUAUUGGCAACCCGGCCGCGUCCUUGGGCCGGACUCCCAGCAGGGAGCUACUAUCUCUCAUUCUGAAACAUUCAUCAACCCGGCAGACAUGGGCGCCAAUAUCCUUUCGGCGACAUGCCGCAGCCAUAUUGUUUCAUACAAGCGCCCUCCAGGAGUUGGACUUGGCUGGGGUGACUUUGAUCGUUUCUAUGAGUGGCAGCUACUUGGCCGCAAGGUUGAAAAGUCUAUGGUGCGAGCUCAGAGGUUUCGGCAAUCGAACUCCCCCGACAUGAGCUUCAUUUCCGAGAUGACGGGAUGUUUUCAUAUCGUACGCACAGAUUCAACCAAGAUUGAAUCUCGAAGAACCCUCAAGAAGCCCAACUUGUGGCAGAAAGUCAAAAAGAGCAAGAACUGA